UGAUUAAAUAAUUCGAAAUUCAAGGACAGGACCAAAACGGGCUUGUUGUAUAUUUUUUUACGUUUCACGUUAUAGACAAUACCCUCACAACGUUAUUGUUGUUAUCGUGUAGUUAGCUUCUGACCUCGACUGCUUUGGUCUGGAGCGGAACGACCCGGAGGAAGCGAUCAGAUAAUGUUAACUGGAUAACGUUCUCUAAGUAAUGUUCUCGAUAAUGUUCUCUGGAUAAUGUUCUAAUUCACUUUAACUGGUUAUACUGGUAAACUGCUAUGGCGCCGUCCAGACCCAGUGGGACCAUGAAGAAUAAUGACCUUUAGACACCAUGAACAUGGAGGAAAAAGAGUUAGAGGUCUACGAUGUGAUCCGGUCUAUACGGGACCCGGAGAAGCCGAACACCCUGGAGGAGCUGGACGUGGUGACGGAGAGCUGCGUGGAGGUCCGCCCGCUGCCGGGCGACGAGUACCUCAUCAUCAUCAAGUUCUCGCCCACCGUCCCCCACUGCUCGCUGGCCACCCUUAUCGGUCUGUGCUUACAGGUCAAACUGCAGCGCUGUUUACCUUUCAAACACAAGCUGGAGAUCUACGUCUCUGAAGGAACCCACUCCACAGAGGAAGACAUUAACAAACAGAUCAACGAUAAGGAGCGGGUCGCGGCGGCAAUGGAGAACCCCGACCUGAGGGAGAUCGUGGAGCAGUGUGUGAUGGAACCAGAUGACUAACACACACAAACACACACACACACACACACACACACACACACACACACACACUGUGUUUGAUGACUGUGAAUCAGGAUCUUAGAAACAUUCUUUAUAUUUGUAUAUGAUGUUUACACAUUAAAACAUUCUGGUCUAGAAGCUCUUUGUGCGUUUUAUUGCCCAGUAAGAUGGUCUGCCUUAUUUCCAAUCCAAGGAAUGUGGUCCAAAAUGGUGGCUGGAAGGAAGGGAUGACUAACCGCUCUAUAGCUCGUUCUGGGUCCUUGGAGGAACCCAUGUUGGAAUUUUACGUACUUUACAUUUACAUUUAGGGUAAUUAGCAGAUACCUUUAUUCAAUUAGACUAACAAUAAGUACAUUAACUUCCCUGUAGUUGAUUGUGAAAAUCAUUUAUUUGGUGUAAUUUCUUUAAUAAACCUUCUAAGAACCAAAAUCGACCCUGCCUAAUGAAUUAAUUUAAAUGUGACUCAUAUCUGAUUGUUUAGUUGAGUGCCUACCAGUGUAUUGUCUUCAUGGAUCAGUCAGCACCCU